AUGCUGCUUACCUUUAAGGUGGUUCCUGCGCCCUGGGUUAAUUCUUCAUCAGCAGUGCAUUCGCCGGUGGCGUUCGCGUAUCCCGUUUCGCCCCACUUAAUGCAGCAACGCCAACAGCAGGUUUACUUGCGCAGCCCAGCGGGAAAUCCGCACACCUCCCCGGGGCAGGGGGUCAAGUCGGCGACAUUGAAGAGUCCCAAUCGUUUCGCGCAGAUCGCACCGACGCCGACAUUCACGCCAUCGGCUGUGGUCUUUCGGAAUUACCGAGUUACUGGCGGCGACAUGGGCUACCAGACUGCCACUGUGCCCCGACCACCCGAAACAUUCCAACCUGUUGAUAACCAGUACGCUGGAGGAGUUGGCGGUGUCUGUGUGUCGUCAAACAACAGCUCUCUGCUAUCAAAAACUAGCGGUCUAAUUGACACUAGCGACUGCAAAAGCGGCUGCCUAAUUCGAAUGAAUGAAACAGCCAAAGCCAACUGUGCCAGAGGCAGGCAGAAUUCUUCUGAAUGCAGUGAUCCCAUGCCACAAGAAAACUCCCCAUCAAGUUAUCAGCGUCUGACCCAUGAAAAUGCUCCAACCCCAACUGCGUCGCCCUACGUCCUUCGACUUCAGAAUGACUCAUCGCCACUCCGCUUACCAAGUCGUCAAUUGGCUGACAAUCCCCAAAAGCGAGAGUUCUACCCACCGCCUGCUGCCGGAAACCGGCCUACUUUUGUGACGCCACCACGAAACCGACACGCGACCUCGGCUAGACCAGCCUUCCGCAGUCUGUCCAUCGACUCCAACCUGGACGCCUUCUCCUCGUCCGACUACCUUUUCACUGCCGCCUCGCCGAAGCAAGGGCGGGCUCUGCAUCUGAAGGCGCUGCCACCUCCCCUGGCUGCACCUGACAAGCGCAUGAACUUCAUUACCAGCGCGAAGGCUCUUAGUCCCGAAAUUCGCGGGAGUUUUGUGUGA